AUUUUUUAUCGCGAGAACCAGGAAAUCACGACGAAGUCACGGUUUUGAGGUUUGAGUGAUUAAGGAGGGGAAGAAAAGCUGCAAGGAUGUUUCUAAUCACGAGCAGACGGUCGAUGAGGUCCGGAUUUUCCGGAUGCGGCGGGUUCGAGAUGACUGCUUGGAUAUGGAUAGGAUGCACCGUUGCAACCCUCGUGACGUCGCAGCAGAACUUCUACACGAACGGGAGAUACGGAAAACGGCAGGACCCUGAAGAAGCGUCUUCCUUCUGGUCGGGGAGCAGAUAUGGUCGGAGCGGGGUUUCCGGUGCCGACAAGGAGAAGAUCGAGGAAGCGGGUAAGGACAUGGAAGUCUCGCCUCGGACGGACAGGUUCUUCCUGGGAAGCCGUUAUGGGAAAAGGACCUUCUCUAACAACGAGCGGGUCGACUCGCUAAAACACUUCAAAACAACCCUGGACUUCCUGAUAUCCGUCGACCGGCAGACAACCGAGAAGGAGCAGCUAAAGGUCCUCAGUCAGCAGCUGAAAGACAAUGAAAACGUCGCAGCGAUCGGAUCCGGCGAAAAUUUAUCCUUAUCCGUGGAUAAUUUAUACCGCCCUCGAGCAGCCAGAGACGAGAAGAUGAUCGGAUUCGCCUGCCUCUACACAGGGAUUGGAAAUCUCUACCGCUGUUCUCACAGGCGAAGCAAUGCGACCCAAGGAUCAUCGAAUUGAUCAGGAAACCCAAGGCCGAAAAUUUCACUUUCGUUAAAAAUGAUUUCUUUUUUUCUUGUUUCAAUAUAAAUUUUAAAACUUACCGAUUAACGGGAUUUACGGAAGAAGCAAUAGCAAACUAUUUCAAACAUGAGUGGCCAAAACUCUGGCACAUUUUAUUGAUAUACGCUUUUCAGUCGGCAUUGAUCAAACGACAAUUGACUAAAUUAUUUUGAAGUUUUAAUAUCUUAUGAAGAAACAGUCAUCUCUGCUGUAGGAUGACUUUACGUCUUAUAAUUUGAACAAAUUCAUCGCAAUUAUCGGAUCGCGGUCUUUCGUCGAUCCCGUGAGUCACAAAAUCUUACAUAACAUUAUUAAAAAGCUACAUGAAGAAAUCAUUUGCUAUGAAAUUAAUUUAUUUUUCCAUCGACUUAUCGUAAGUAAUGUCUGUUUAAUUUUAAUGUUUACAUACGCGAGUUCUAUCUUUCGAAUUGUAUGUGGUCUUGAGCUAAUAGGCUGGAUGUUCGAGACGACGAAAAAAGCGCGAGAAUGCCUCUUUUUUUUUGUUUCGAUUGUCACAAACACAGAUUCUCUUCCUUCUGUUAUUAAAACAAGAAUAAAUAUUAAACUACAACUGUCUUCUACCCGUUACUUUCAUCACAAUUGCCUGUUCUCCUUAUUUCAUUUUAUUUUUUUUUUCUAUUAGCACAACAACUAUAUAAAUCGAGCAAAAUA